AUGGGUGUUGGCAUAUUUAUGAGAAACUAUUUUAAAUUCAAGCCACAUAGUGAAUGGGAUUUCAAAUCUUUCUGUUCUUUUAUGAAAAUACUUGGAUAUGAUGAUUAUAGUGAAAUAAAUAUUCAUUAUAAAAGACAAAUAGGAAAUAUUAUAAAAGAUGAAAAUGAAAGUGACGCCAACAAAAGUGCUGCACAAGAAUUUAAAAAAGUUAAAGCACUAUCAAAAAUUGAUUCAAAUGCUUUUUUAAAUAGCCAUGGAAAGUCAAAAGAUGGUAAAAAAAUAUUAGAAAGACUUUGGCAGGUCGAAUUAUAUUGUGCAUUAAAAGAACAUUUGUAUGAAAAAGCAAAUAUUUCAUUAGAAGUAGGAAGAAUGUAUUGUGAUGAUGGAAUAAUUGACCUUUAUAUUCCAAAGUAUGGGUGGGGGAUCGAGUUGCUUAUUGAUGGAGUGGGGAUGAAGGAACACUAUAACAGAUUCAAAGAAGAUGGCAAGUACUCUCUAAUACCAAUGAAAGAUUAUAUCAUCUUAGAUAUAAGACAAACAGUGAUGGCAAAAAAACUUUAUCCUAAAACAUGGUAUGUUGUACAAAACAAUAAUUUUACAAUUUUAACAAUUUUAGAAUAUAUUAAUUAA